UUCUCGUCCUAAUUUGAGGAUCAAAAGUGUAAUUCGGCCGGACAACCGGUGGAGGAGCAGAAGUCCUAUCCUCUCUCUAUUCUCGUGAGAUUCCAGUCUUCCAUUUUUUUUUCCCUUCCAUCCACCACCGCCGAUUGCGCGGACAAUGGCCUUCGCGGCGAACCCGCUGUCUUUGAGCGUCCCGGAGGCCGCCUUCGAGACCUGGCUCCGCGACUCCGGCUACCUCGAGAUUCUCGACGACCGCACCGCCUCCGCCUCCGCCUCCGCCUCCGCGAACCGAAACCCUAGCCCCACCGCCGCCACCACCACCACCACCACCAUCACCACCACCAUCAAUUCCUCUUCCUCCUCCUCCGAUCUCUUCUCCUUCCUCCGCACCCUCGCCUCCCUCCUCGCCCUCAACCCCUUCGCCAAGCUCGCCGCCGAGGACUUCGCCGGCCCCACCCCCUCCUGGACCCUCGAAUUCCUCGGCCCCGCCGCCGGGUGCUACUCCUGGCCCGCCGGCCCCGCCCAGGCCCGCAUGAGGGUCCAGGAGAACGUCCGGCGGUACGCCCGCAACUACGCCUUCCUCUCCCUCCUCUUCUUCGCCUGCUCCCUGUAUCGGAUGCCAAUAUCGCUUUUGGGUUUGAUGUCGAGUUUAGUGAUUUGGGAGCUAGUCAGGUUCUGCAACGAGAAGUGGGACUUGGAGCAGCGAUUUCCAGGAUUAAGGCAGGUUUUGGUGCGGUUUGCUCAGUUUGCGACAGCAGUGAUACUUUAUGUGUGCAAUCUUCAGUUAACUCUCAUUUCGGCCAUUGGUGUCAGCUAUGCAGUGAUGAUUCUGCAUGCUUCGCUUCGGAAGUUGACUCCUUCGAAUCAGCCUAAUGGGAUGAACCGAAACAGAAGAUCUCAGCAUAGAAGAUUGCAAUUUUUCUCUAAAUAAAACGAUAAAAAGGAAAAAAACAAAAAAGUUAUCAGGCUCUACUAAUUAAUAUAUGCCAAGUUCAGACACCACUCAAGGAAACUUCACGGCGGCCCACAAUAAAGAUAGGAUGCAUAGGGCUUUUUUGGGCUGGUUGCGCAGUCAGAUCACAACUGUUGCGAGGGAAUGCACCAGAUAUUGCGUACGGUGGAAUAACAGUUUCAGCGGUUGUGGGCUGCCACCGAACUCCUCGAUGCCGCAGGAAAUAGGUCCAUAGAAACUCAGCAUCCACGACAACUCCGGACGCGUUGUGUUUUUCCUUCUUUCCAAGUGCUAGUUACCUGUGAUGCACAUACAAGCUACCGGCCAUCUUAAAAAGACAAAAAAAAUUCAAUUUUUGUCUGUUUCUCCAUCUGUUUGUUUUGGUUACAUGUUAGCCUGAAUGUCAGCUAGGAAUGAAAGAUUAAUGUGCAAGCCAGUUUGAAUUGGUAUGCGCGGCUUGUGACAUCAAUGUGGCGGUGGUAUGAUUAUGUUGACGAUAGCAAAGAAUGCUCCCGAAGCUUUCAUUCUUUUUGUCCGGUAAGUCCGAUGGUGCGAAUCCGCAAUGCUAUGUCAUACAGCUGCUGCGUUAAAUUCUUGCAUUUCCUCUGUAUGUUUUUAAGAGUUCUGAUGGAAAUGCUGUAAUGGAUGAUGAAGGAAAUGUAACUAUUUACCUAUGGAGGUUUUUGAGGUUU